AUGGCGCGGGGGGACGCUCGCCGCGGCCGCGGGCUCAUCGCGCUGACCUUCUGCCUGGUGGCCGCGCGCGGGGAGCUGCUGUCAGCCCAGGAGACGACCGUAGAGCUGAGCUGUGCAGCGGGGCCACUGCAAGUGAUCCUGGGCCUGGAGCAGGCUGUGGUGCUGGACUGUAGCUUGGGGGCCGCUGCUGCUGGACCGCCCACCCGGGUGACGUGGAGCAAGGAUGGGGACACCCUGCUGGAGCACGAUAACCUGCACCUGCUACCCAAUGGCUCCCUGUGGCUGUCCCAGCCACGAGCACCUGAUGACAGUGACGAGGCAGUCCCUGGGACCUUGGGGGCCAUUGAAGGCAGCUAUUCCUGCCUGGCCCACGGCCCCCUCGGAGUGGUGGCCAGCCAGGCUGCUGUGGUCAAGCUGGCCACACUCGCAGACUUCUCUCUGCACCCGGAGGCUCAGACGGUGGAGGAGAAUGGGACAGCUCGCUUUGAGUGCCACAUCGAAGGGCUGCCAGCCCCCACCGUUACUUGGGAGAAGGACCAGGUGACAUUGUCUGAGGAGCCUCGGUUCAUCACUCUUCCCAAUGGCGUCCUUCAGAUCCUGGAUGUUCAGGAGAGGGACAGGGGCUCCUACCGCUGUGUGGCCACCAACUCAGCCCGCCAGCGCUUCAGCCAGGAGGCCCUCCUCAGCGUGGCCCUCAGAGGGUCCCUGGCAUCCGCCAGGGGGCAGGACGUGGUCAUCGUGGCAGCCCCAGAGAACACCACUGUGGUGUCUGGCCAGAGUGUGGUGAUGGAAUGUGUGGCCUCGGCUGACCCCACCCCUUUUGUAUCCUGGGUCCGACAGGACGGGAAGCCCAUCUCCACGGAUGUCAUCGUCCUGGGCCGCACCAACCUGCUGAUCGCCAGCGCGCACCCCCGGCACUCGGGCGUCUACGUCUGCCGCGCGAACAAGCCCCGCACGCGCGACUUCGCCACUGCGGCGGCCGAGCUCCGCGUGCUGGCGGCUCCCGCCAUCUCGCAGGCGCCCGAGGCGCUGUCGCGGACGCGGGCGAGCACAGCGCGGUUUGUGUGCCGCGCGUCGGGGGAGCCUCGGCCGACGCUGCGCUGGCUGCACGACGGGGCGCCUCUGCGGCCCAACGGGCGUGUCAAGGUCCAGGGUGGCGGCGGCAGCCUGGUGAUCACGCAGAUCGGCCUGCAGGACGCCGGCUACUACCAGUGCGUGGCUGAGAACAGCGCGGGAACCGCGUGUGCUGCCGCGUCGCUGGCCGUAGUGGUGCGCGAGGGGCUGCCCAGCGCCCCCACGCAGGUCACGGCCAGGCCACUGAGCAGCUCUGCUGUGUUGGUGGCCUGGCAGCGGCCCGAGCUGCACAGCGAGCAGAUUAUUGGCUUCUCCCUCCACUACCAGAAGGCACGGGGCAUGGACAAUGUGGAAUACCAGUUUGCAGUGAAUAAUGACACCACCGAGCUACAGGUUCGGGACCUGGAACCCAACACGGAUUAUGAGUUCUACGUGGUGGCCUACUCCCAGCUGGGGGCCAGCCGCACCUCCACGCCAGCACUGGUCCACACGCUGGAUGAUGUCCCCAGUGCAGCACCCCAGCUUUCCCUGUCCAGCCCCAACCCCUCGGACAUCAGGGUGGCGUGGCUGCCCCUGCCCCCCGGCCUGAGCAAUGGGCAGGUGGUGAAGUACAAGAUAGAGUAUGGUUUGGGAAAGGAAGAUCAGAUUUUCUCCACCGAGGUGCCAGGGAAUGAGACACAGCUUACGCUGAACUUGCUUCAGCCAAACAAGGUGUACCGAGUCCGGAUUUCAGCUGGCACAGGGGCCGGCUUCGGGGCCCCCUCCCAGUGGAUGCAGCACCGGACGCCCAGUAUGCACAAUCAGAGCCAUGUCCCUUUUGCCCCUGCAGAGCUGAAGGUGCAGGCAAGGAUGGAGUCCCUGGUCGUGUCCUGGCAGCCGCCUCCUCACCCUACCCAGAUCUCUGGCUACAAACUAUACUGGCGGGAAGUGGGGGCCGAGGAGGAGGCCAACGGUGAUCGCCCCCCAGGGGGCCGUGGAGACCAGGCUUGGGAUGUGGGCCCCGUCCGGCUCAAGAAGAAAGUGAAGCAGUAUGAGCUGACCCAGCUAGUCCCUGGCCGGCUGUACGAGGUGAAGCUUGUGGCAUUCAACAAACAUGAGGAUGGCUACGCGGCCGUGUGGAAGGGCAAGACAGAGAAGGCUCCCACGCCAGACCUGCCCAUCCAGAGGGGUCCACCCUUGCCCCCAGCCCAUGUCCAUGCGGAAUCAAACAGCUCCACGUCCAUCUGGCUUCGGUGGAAAAAGCCGGACUUCACCACAGUCAAGAUUGUCAACUACACUGUGCGCUUCAGCCCCUGGGGGCUCAGGAAUGCCUCCCUGGUCACCUACUACACCAGUUCAGGAGAAGACAUCCUCAUUGGCGGGCUGAAGCCAUUCACCAAAUACGAGUUCGCGGUACAGUCCCACGGCGUGGACGUGGACGGGCCUUUCGGCUCUGUGGUGGAGCGCUCCACCCUGCCUGACCGGCCCUCAACACCCCCAUCUGACCUGCGCCUGAGCCCCCUGACACCGUCCGCUGUCCGGCUGCACUGGUGCCCCCCCUCGGAGCCCAAUGGCGAGAUCGUGGAGUAUCUGAUCCUCUACAGCAACAACCACACCCAGCCCGAGCACCAGUGGACCCUGCUCACCACAGAGGGAAACAUCUUCAGUGCUGAGGUACACGGCCUGGAGAGCGACACUAGGUACUUCUUCAAGAUGGGGGCGCGCACAGAGGUGGGGCCUGGACCCUUCUCCCGCCUGCAGGAUGUGAUCACUCUUCAGGAGAAGCUCUCAGACUCCUUGGACAUGCACUCAGUCACGGGCAUCAUCGUGGGCGUCUGCCUGGGUCUCCUCUGCCUCCUGGCCUGCAUGUGUGCCGGCCUGCGCCGCAGCCCCCACAGGGAAGCCCUCCCGGGCCUGUCCUCUACGGCCACCACUGGAAACCCUGCGCUGUACUCCAGAGCCCGGCUUGGCCCUCCCAGCCCCCCAGCUGCCCAUGAACUGGAGUCCCUUGUACACCCCCGUCCCCAGGACUGGUCUCCCCCGCCCUCAGACAUGGAGGACAGGGCUGAAGUACACAGCCUUAUUGGUGGCAGUGUUUCUGAUGGCAGGUGUCACUCCAAGAGGAAGAUCUCCUGGGCUCCGCCAGGAGGGCCGAGCUGGGCAGGUACCUGGGCAGGCUAUGAGCUGCCCCAGGCAGGCCCCAGGCCCGCUCUGACCCGGGCCCUGCUGCCCCCUGCUGGAACUGGGCAGACGCUGUUGCUGCAGGCUCUCGUGUAUGAUGCCAUAAAGGGUAAUGGGAGGAAGAAGCCACCCCCAGCCUGCAGGAACCAGGUGGAGGCUGAAGUCAUUGUCCACUCUGACUUUAGUGCAUCCAAAGGGAACCCUGACCUCCAUCUCCAAGACCUGGAGCCUGAGGAUCCCCUGCCUUCCGGGGCUCCUGAUCUCAUCUCAAGUGUUGGGGAUCCAGGGCCGGGGACAGACUGGCUGGACAGGGAACUGGGAGGGUGUGAGCAGGCAGCCACUGGGCCAGACAGACUGACCUGCCUGCCAGAGGCGGCCAGUGCUUCCUGCUCCUACCCAGACCUCCAGCCCCGUGAGGCUCUGGAGGAGGCCCCUGGAAGCAGCUGCCAACCCCAAGCCCCCUGCCCUCUAGGAGCCAGCCCAGGCCUGCCCGGAGCCUCAGUCUCCUCCUCUGCUUAGCACCCCUAGAGGGUACGGUUUGGGAUGGGCCGGUGUGGAUCCCAGGAUGUGACAUGCAUGGUCACGCGUGUAUACAUGUCUGCCUG